AUGGAGGACUGUCAAAAUUGGUUAGCUUUAUGUUUACUUGAUGAGAUGAAAAGUUCAGGUUCGUUUUUUACUUGGAAAAAUAAGCAAGAGGGGAAUGCAAGAAUUUAUUCCAAACUUGAUAGGGUGUUGAAAAAUGAAGAAUGGAUGGAUACUUUCCCAAACACUAAAGGAGAGUUUCAAUUUGAAGCUUGUUCGGAUCAUUGCUACUACCUUAUUAAGAAUUUGGAGAUUGAAAAUCUUGGGUUUAAGCCUUUCUGGUACUUCAAUUUCUGGUCUAAGCUUCAUCUUUUCAAAGAAAAUGUCAAACACGGUUGGGAUAAGCCUAUCUAUGGUGGAGGUUUAGAUGGUAUUAUGAGGAAACUUUUAAGAUUGAAAUAUGUUUUUAAAAGGUUUAAUAGGAAGGAUAUAGGUGAUGUUCAAGCUAACUAUCAAUAUGCUAAAGAGGUUGUUAUUAAAGCUCAAGUAAAUCUUGAAAAGAGUCCUUGGGUGGGGUCUCUUCAAAAUGCUGAGUGUGACGCUCAAGCUGCUUACAAGUAUAAUGCCCAUCUCUAUGAGAGUUUUCUAAGACAACAAAGUAAGACCACUUGGCUCCAAUUUGGGGAUGAAAAUACUUCGUAUUUCCAUGCUAGCUUAAAGAAAAGGAGGGAAGAAAAUCCUAUCACUGCAUAUAUAGAUAAUCAAGGGGUUGUUAUAGAUAAAUAUGAUAUGAUAGAGUUUGGCAACAAACCAGAUUUGGAUAGCCAGCUUGCUUUGAUUAAGCCUUUCUCGAGGGGUGAUGUCAAAAAAGCUUUCUUCAUCAUUCAUUCGAUAAAAAGCCUGGGGCCUGAUGGUUAUGGAUCAGAUUUCUUUAAAGUUAUGUGGCCUGAGAUUGGUGAUGAUGUUUCUGGUGCAAUUCUGAAUUUCUUUCUCAUAGGACAAAUCCCAAAUGAGCUCAACGACGUUGUGAUAUCUUUGGUGCCUAAAACUGAAAUUCCAGCUACAGCAGUUGACAAUAGGCCUAUCACUUGUUGCAACACGCUUUAUAAAUGCAUUUCUAAAAUGCUUUGUUCUCGUUUGGCAGAGGUGCUUCCCUACUUGGUGGAUCUUAGCAAGGCAUAUGAUACUAUUGACUGGGAUUUUUUGGAAGACUUGCUUAAAGCUCUUUGUUUCCCAUCUAAGUUUAUCAAUUGGAUUAUGGUGUGUCUCUGUGGCACGUCUUACUCCUUGAUGAUGAAUGGGAGGAUUCAUGGUAGAUUUAAGGGAGAGAAAGGUCUUAGACAAGGGGAUCCAAUUCCCCCUUUGCUAUUUGUUUUGGUAAUGGAUUACUUGACCCAUCUUCUUCAACUUGCUUCCCAAGAUAAAAAUUUUAAGUUCCACCCUAUGUAUUUCUGUGAUGCUUCAAGUUUGUCUGCUAAUAAGAGCAAGUCUCAUAUUUACUUUGGAGGUGUUGAUGAGGCAAGUAAGCAUAGUAUUUUGGUAGUUGUUGACAUUGAAGAAGCCUCGUUUCCUCUCAAAUAUCUUGAGAUUCAAUUGAGGCCGACUAAAUGGAAAGCUUCAAAUUAUGGUCCUACUAUUAAGAAGAUUCAAAUGAGACUUCUAUAG